AUCGUGAUUGCUAGGCUACUAUGGACUACGAAACAAAAGACAAACUACAGCAGCUGUCACUUUUUCUCUCUAACCUCCCAAAAACCAUUCCCUACGCAGACGCCGCACAGACUCCACUACCGCUUCUUCUUGGAUGAUGAAAAAAUCGAAGACAUGGGACCAAUCGGAGCGCUGAAUCGCGAGCUCGAAUGUGUCAUGGGUCAACGUCAUAAUGGUCCUAUUUUGUUCAAGGAGCGUGGGCCCGGGCUCGAGGCUGUAGUGGAUGUACUCGAAUCCCACCUAAUCGAACACCACAAUUCCCCAGAGACCAUACUCCUCGUCAAAUGGGUUGAUGAUCUCACAACAGCGGCAAAAGCUGCAUUCGCAUCCGCACAACGCACUUGCCAACUUGUGCGGCGGCUGCGAAACCUGCAGCAAAGGUCACUGCAAAAUCAAAUGGUAAAAAAAACUAUUCAAGGGUUAGCAAACAAGCUUCGCAGUCUGUUUCUGCGCCCAUCAAGAAGACUGCGGUCAAAAGCUCGUCCAGGUCUCUACCUGCUCCUUCUGAUUGGAACCUGUGGGAGUGAUUCACCCAAAUUCACGUACAACGUAAUUUACGCUGGUGAAUCUGAGGGCCUCUGGGCGCAUUGUGAAUUUACC